AUGAUCUUAUUCUUAUCUUUGCCUAUUCUUUCUUACAUUUUCUACUUAAAAACACCGCCCCAUUAACGUUUCUCUCUUAUUUUCAUUACCUUUUUUGUCAAUUGUCACCCCUAUAUAUUUGAUUUAGUGGGCAUUUAUCAAAGGAAUUUCUAUUGCUAAUAGCAUUGUAAUUCAACUAAAAAUCAAUUCUUUAGUUCAAUAUAUUUUCUGGGUGCACAGUUUGAAGCAGAGUUUUAAUGGCUCUAAAUUUUCUGUCAACAGUAGAGAUAAGAGCAGUCUCAUUUUUGGAUUCCUCUAAUUCUACUCAACAUCAUAAACUUAAAGGUAAUUUCUCUUGGAAAAGGAAGGACAUACAAACGCUUAGCAGAAAGAUCUGUUGUUCUGCUCAAUCAGCUCAGGCACCACCUCCAGCCUGGCCUGGACGAGCAGUAGUGGAGCCUGGUCGGAAGGCUUGGGAUGGUCCGAAGCCUAUUUCUAUUGUUGGAUCUACUGGUUCUAUUGGUACUCAGACACUAGACAUUGUUGCAGAGAAUCCAGAUAAGUUUAGAAUUGUAGCUCUUGCUGCUGGUUCCAAUGUGACUCUCCUCGCUGACCAGAUCAAGAGGUUUAAACCUGAAUUAGUUGCCGUCAGAAAUGAGGCCUUACUUGGUGAACUCCGAGAAGCUAUAGCUGAUGCUGAGUACAAGCCAGAAAUUAUUCCAGGAGAAGAAGGCGUAGUUGAGGUUGCACGCCACCCAGAUGCUGCUACAGUAGUUACAGGAAUAGUUGGCUGUGCGGGGCUGAAGCCUACAGUGGCUGCAAUAGAAGCAGGCAAAGACAUAGCCUUAGCCAAUAAGGAGACCCUCAUUGCUGGUGGUCCUUUUGUGCUUCCGCUUGCACACAAGCAUAACGUGAAGAUUCUGCCAGCUGAUUCUGAACAUUCUGCUAUAUUUCAGUGUAUCCAAGGAUUAACAGAGGGAUCUCUUAGACGUAUCAUUUUGACUGCAUCUGGUGGAGCAUUCAGGGAUUGGCCUGUCGAGAAACUAAAAGAAGCUAAGGUAGCAGAUGCUUUGAAACAUCCUAAUUGGAGCAUGGGGAAGAAGAUUACGGUGGAUUCUGCCACCUUGUUCAACAAGGGUCUAGAAGUUAUUGAGGCCCAUUACUUGUUCGGGGCUGAAUAUGAUGACAUUGAGAUCGUGAUCCAUCCACAGUCAAUCAUCCAUUCGAUGGUUGAAACACAGGAUUCAUCAGUUCUUGCACAACUGGGUUGGCCUGAUAUGCGAUUGCCUAUAUUGUACACAAUGUCAUGGCCAGAGAGAAUAUACUGCUCUGAGAUAACUUGGCCACGCCUUGAUCUCUGCAAGCUCGGUUCCUUGACAUUUAGAGCUCCUGACAAUGAGAAGUACCCAUCUAUGAAUUUGGCCUAUGCCGCAGGACGUGCUGGAGGCACUAUGACAGGGGUUCUUAGUGCAGCUAAUGAGAAAGCCGUAGAGCUGUUCAUAGACGAGAAGAUAAGCUAUCUAGAUAUCUUCAAGAUUGUAGAGCUAACAUGCGAUAAACAUCGGAACGAGUUGGUGACAUCGCCUUCAUUGGAAGAAAUCGUACAUUAUGACCUGUGGGCACGCGAUUAUGCUGCUAGUUUGCAGACGUCCUCAGGCUUGAGUCCCGUCCCUGUCUAAAACUACCGACAAUUUAUAUCAACCUAUUCAAGUCUAAGAAUUGUGCAUAGUUUCUUUUCUUGCCCUCCUUGCUUAAUUUAUUUCCUUCUUUUAUCUCCUCUCUGUCUUAUUUAGCGAUACAUUUAUCUGCCUGAACAUCUGUAGGGAGAAUAAUUUUAUAAACAGGUCGAAAAGAAUGGUUUUCCAUGUUGGGGAAGAUCGGUGAAUGUAAUCAAGCAUUGUUGGUGGCUCUGGUAUUGAUACAUUUUGUACAAAUAAGUGCACCUUGAAAUACUUGUAAUGCAACAGCGUUGCCGUUGUCAUUUUUCAGAAAAUGUAGAGCUCUAAAGAUAUGUACACAUGAUAUUCUUCUAUGAAAAUGAAUAUAUCUAUUACUAUGUAGUUGUUCAA